AUGUCCUUACCGCUACGACACCCUUUGGACACAGCAGCUUCUCUCGACAGGGUUUUGGAAGACCUUAUCGUGAGAUUUAUUAUCAACUGUCCGCCUGAGGAUUUCUCGUCAGUGGAGCGAGAAUUAUUCCACGUUGAGGAAGCCAAUUGGUUCUACACUGAUUACGUGAAAAUUCUGAAUCCAAAUUUGCCAAACCUUAAAAUCAAGUCUUUUGCACAGCAUGUUAUUAAGCUAUGUCCGAUGGUGUGGAAGUGGGACGUCAGAGCAGAACAGGCCCUCCAAAAGUUCUCUCAGUACAAAAGAAGUAUACCGGUGCGUGGUGCUGCGAUUUUCAACCAAAAACUGACCAAAUUGCUGCUGGUGAAGGGCACAGAAUCGGACUCGUGGUCCUUCCCCAGAGGCAAAAUCUCAAAAGACGAAAACGACGUCGACUGCUGCGUUCGUGAAGUGCUGGAAGAGACUGGAUGCGACAUCUCCGACUACAUCAACGAGAACGCCUUCAUCGAGCGCAACAUCGGCGGCAAAAACUACAAGAUAUUCCUCGUGAGCGGUAUCCCUGAGGAUUUCAAAUUUGAGCCCAAAGUGCGUAACGAAAUCGAAAAGAUUCAAUGGCAUGAUUUCAAGAAGCUCUCUCGUAGUUGCAACCCCAAGACGGCCCAGGUCAAAAUAUACCUUGUAAACAAUCUCAUGAGACCCUUGGCCAUGUGGGUCAAGAGUAAUCGUCAAAUAGGCGACGACGAAAAACUCAAGGCACAUGUUGAAACGCAGUUGAAACUCCUGCUAGGUAUCAAAAAGGAAGAUAUCUCCGACCCUGGCAGAGAGCUACUGAACAUGCUCCAAAGCACAGUGUCUGCUGGCAACGCUACCUCCAACCAAGCCCUCAAGGUGGACUCACUAUCUAAGACCGAAAGCAAUGCCAACACCGCUGCAAAUGCCAUCGGCACUGUUGGCACCAGUAAUGCAGCGACGCCUCUAACUGCCAUCCCCGCGCCAACUUUUGUUGCUCCUCCUCCGCAAUUUCAACACAGUUUCCCUUUCAUGGCAUUCCAGCCAUUUGCACCUUUUCCUUUCAUGAAUGGUGCUGGUCUACAGAUUGGUGCCGUUCCGCAGCCCGAAAACUCUAGCUCAAGUUCCGAAAGCACUCAACCGCCUCCUACCCCCAAGAUGAACUCGUUGGCCAAACCAACCGUCGUCGAGGAAGAGGAACGCCAAGAGAGCAAUCUUUCACAAGCCAAUCCUUUGCAGCACGCAUCGGCAAAGCAGUUGUUAGACAUUCUCAACAAGAAGAACCUGAACAAGCCAGCUUCACCUCCUGGCCAGCAAUCUACACCAGCCAACGUGGGGUUCCGUGGACAUGAUGAGGCCUCUCUUGACCUCAACACAAGUCCGAAGACUCUGCUAAGUCUACUCAAUAAACCCCAAAAGCAAGCUUCCAGCGAGCAAGAGACUAAAAGAGACAUCAGCGCGAAGCCUGACUUUGCAAAAAUCACUCUCACAUCAGUUGCACAACUACCAGACGUGCACAACGCUAGCACGACAGGUACUGAUAUAUCUGAGUAUGAAGAUUUUGAAAGUUGUUCAGAGAGCGAUUCAGAAGACAAGGAAGAGGAGGUUCAGGAAGAUCCCUUGGAGUCGUUUUCUGCCAAGUACGCAAGAGACAACAAACAUCAGAGGCAAAAAAUGGAAGCUUCAGGCAAGCAGCACACUGGUCAAAAUUUCUCGAACACUCCAAAUUUCUUGCAAACCUCUUCCGCUGAAAUCCCGAUUACCAACAUUCCAAAGGCGCACCCUGGUGUAGCGACGAAUGACUUAUUACACAAUCCGAACUUUAAGGAUAUUAAGACAAAAGAAUCGCUAAAUGUCCAACUUGACCUACAAACUGAAAACCAAGAGGACAAGAACGCGCGGUCCCAGGUUAAGCCGAAGUUCAAGCUGCUCAAACGUGGUGAAAUGCUAAAUGACGUGCUGGACUCGUCAGAAAUUGAUAAGUCGGUGGAAGAAGAACGGAAUACUUUCAAGGUAAGUGAUGGUAAGGUACUUUUAAAUAUGCUCAAAAAAGCACCUGUAAGCUGUCCACCGAGCCGCGCAGAGAACGCACCAACAAAUAAUGAUCACACGCACGCCGCGGACAGGGAAUCUACCUUAGAGACUGGCAAGAAGAUGGACUCGGACAUUCUGCUAAAUUUAUUGAAGAACGGUAAGCCGGGUCUUUUUGCGCAGCCACCACGGUCUUCAAGCUCAUCACAACAUUGUGAAUUGGAAAAUAGAACGAUGCAAAAGGACUCUGGCAGUGAAAGCUCCGAGCUACUUAAAAUGCUCCGUGGUCAUUCGCCUGGCAAUUCUAUGACGAGACCCGCAGAGAGAGUGCCACCUAGUGCUGAUAUAAACAAUCCACCGUCAUCUUUCUCGUACCAAAUUCUUCAAAGACCGCUGCCACAAGACGAAAACGCUUCUAAACAGCUUCUAGGCAUGCUCAAAAAUGCGUCCAAAUAG